AUGGCCUCAGGCGUCGCCGUCUCCGAUGGAGUCAUCAAGGUCUUCAACGACAUGAAGGUGCGCAAGGCCUCCACCCCGGAGGAGGUGAAGAAACGCAAGAAGGCCGUCCUCUUCUGCCUGAGCGAGGACAAGAAGAACAUCAUCCUGGAGGAGGGCAAGGAGAUCCUGGUCGGGGACGUCGGCGACACCAUCGAUGACCCUUACCUGCACUUUGUGAAGAUGCUGCCGGACCGCGACUGCCGCUACGCCCUCUACGACGCCACCUACGAAACCAAGGAGAGCAAAAAGGAAGACCUGGUCUUCAUCUUCUGGGCGCCCGAGUGCGCCCCUUUGAAGAGCAAGAUGAUCUACGCCAGUUCUAAGGAUGCCAUCAAGAAGAAGCUUACAGGGAUCAAACACGAGGUGCAGGCAAACUGCUACGAGGAAGUGAAGGACCGUUGCACCCUGGCGGAGAAACUGGGCGGCAGUGCCGUCAUCAGCUUGGAGGGCAAGCCCUUGUGA